AUGUUUCAUGCAGUGACCAUGCUUUGUAAAUGUUUAAAAGAGAUACUAGUUGUAGUAGUUUUAUGGAAUUGUAUUUUAGUUGCUUCCUUACAAAUAAAUAGGUUAUCAAUUUCGGAAUCAAGUGAUGUAAGCAAUUGUACCAAUUGUUGGUGGGGAUGCGACAGUUAUUCUGGAAAUUGCUCAGGGCAAUGUGCCCAUGGCUACUUUGGACCUCGUUGUGACCAAGACUGCUUCCAGUGUCUGGACUGUGAUAAAAAUAGCGGUGUUUGUGUGUCCUGUCAUGACCGCCAUUACGGUGACAGGUGCGAGUUCAAGUGCAAUGAAAACUGUAUGGUCGGAUGCAAGAUAUCCGGAGACUGUUAUAAAUGUAACGAAGGAUUCUACGGGAAAACAUGCAACUUGACGUGUCCGUCCCCAAAUUGCCGUAAUGGGUGUGAAAGGUUUACAGGAAACUGCACUGAUUGGGGUUGCAAUGCAGGCUUUUGGGGACCACUUUGCAACAAAACAUGUCCGGAAAACUGCGGGUUUACGUCCUGUCACCAAGUAGACGGAACCUGCCAGACGUGUAAGGAUGGGUACAGUGGGAAAACGUGUAGUGAGAAGUGCAACUAUGAACACUGUAGUUUGUGUCAGUUUGACGUCAGCACAUGUUUUAACUGCUACCAUGGUUGGUGGGGGGAUCAUUGCGACAAGAGGUGCACGAACCACUGCAGUCAACCGUACUGUUCCCAACAUACGGGGAAGUGUGGUAAAUGUAACGCUGGGUAUUAUGGUCCGUACUGCGAUGGAACUUGUAAAUCUGUCUGCGAAACGUGUUCGGAUAAUAGUACUUGUGAUACAUGUAAAACGGGGUUUUACGGUUUUGAUUGCACACAAAAAUGCCCUGGUCACUGCGAGACAUGUGCGCAUGAUGGAAAAUGCAUAGAGUGUCGCGCGGGAUACUUCGGUAAUGGGUGUAAGUGUGAGCUAUCACAAUGUAAUGAUAUUUCAAAAGGCGUAUGUUCAAAUUGUAAAAACGAAAAAACGUGGUUUCCUUCUCAAAAUGGAUGUUGUCCAUGUAGCAAUAAUUGUAAUUUGAACAAUGAAGGUCCAAUAUGUAACAGUACAGGGUGUGUUGCAGGAUGCAGAGAAGGUUUUAUUGGCAAGGACUGCGAUGUAUCUUGCAGUGAGCACUGUGUAGAGAAGAACAACAGUACAUGCAGCAAUAAAACGGGGGAAUGCUUGUAUGGUUGCAAACAAGGCUGGCACCUUCCACAUUGUGAUUUCAAUUGCAGUUUGAACUUCCCCCACUGUAAAUCAUGUAAGGAAUAUACAGACAACAAGAACAAACCUUAUGUGGUCUGCGAAACUUGCAAACUAGGGUACUACAAAGAGUUAUACUCUGGACACUGCAAACCUUGUGAGAACUGUGAUGGUAACAUGUGCGAUGGAACUAUCGGAUCAUGUAAUUGGGGUUGUGAAAAAGGAUGGUACGCAAAAGGUAGACGGUAUUUAUGUGAGUACCCUUGUCCUGAUAAGUGUUUGAACGGGGAUUGUGAAGGAAUUGGAGGAAAGUGUAAACUUGGUUGUCAACAAGGGUUUUAUGGUUCUCAUUGCCUGGAACCUUGCCCGAGUCAGUGUUUGAAUAGAACAUGUGAGUUAACAAGGGGAAACUGUUUACUAGGUUGUGUUUCAGGAGCACGUGGGACAUACUGCAACGAAAGCUGUAGCUCUCAGUGUGGCGUCAAAGGCUGCAGACAGGAUGAUGGGCAUUGUAAAGACUGUAUCAGUGGUUAUUAUGGAACGAUGUGCCUGGAUCGAUGUAGUCCUUACUGUUUUGAUGACAAGUGUAACCAAACAGGGUUUUGUUCGGGAGGGUGUGUCAAAGGAUGGACUGGACACUUUUGUGAGGUUUUGCAGCCCGGCCAAUCCUUACAACAGUCAAAUCCAGUAUCUACAGUGACUAUUGUACUAGCCGUAUUUCUGGGGGUGACAGUUGUGCUGAUGUUCAUCAUUUCCUUUAUUCUCUGGAAGAGCAGGAGGUCGGGGCGUGGCGAUCUUGGUGUCGAAAUGACAGGACAAUAAUCUCUGUGGCGUUUUAUAAUAUACAUUUAUACAUUAAAUUAGGCAAUGAACAUGUAAAAACAUCUUACUAUUGAGUGAGAAUGCACAGUGUAGAUAUGUAUGCAAACUUCUUUCUGGCAACAACUGAAUUAUUGAGGGAUUCUUUCUUGAGGGGGAGGGGUUGUUGUUCUAAAAAAAACCGUAUCGUUUUUAUUUCAAUAAUUAUGUUUGAUGAAACCUACAAUAAACAAUUUUGAUAUAACACGCAUAUAAAAUAAAAGAAAUAUCUCCUUUCUAGAAUAUAACAUGAUAUAUUAUUAAAAUAGAAAAAAUUUAAGUCUGAUGAACUAGAACUGCUGGAGCAUUUUAAUCUUUACGAGACAAUGCAUGUGUGCUGGAGAGCUAUCAUCUCAUUGAUUAAUCUUUUAAAUUUACAAGCUUCAUUGAGCACCAAAUGUGUAUAGAAAGUGUUUGUUUGAGAAGUUGAAUGAAUAUUUAUUUUUGCAUUAGUUUGGAAUCGGAUUACAUGUAAGCCAAUUGAACAAAAAAUUGACAAAGGUGCAUAAAAAAUCCAAGUACAAAUAAAACAUUCAGCUAUUUUUUAGGCUGUUUUUCAUAUGUAUAUUUUAUUUUGACUAUAAUCGUCACGAUCAUGACUAUGUCAUAAAUAUGUCCGGAGUUCACAUAUUCAUUUGUUUAUAAUGGUAACACAAUGUUUUAUAAAGGUGUCAAGAUGUCUUUUAAAUUCAUAACAAUAUUUGCACUUUUCAUUAUUUUUACGCAUUUUAAUAACUUUCCCUCAUAAUUAAUGUACAUAUUUCAGUUUUUCUCACCUAAAACAGCAUAAUGUAUGUCAAUUGGUAUAUGCAAAUUCGUUGAUUUCAUUUAAUCCAAGUUUCAGGAUCUUUGAACGAAAUUUAUUCCACUUUUAACUGCGCAAUAUUAAAGCUACCAAGAUAUUUUAAAUACCACAGAUAGAUUUAUAAUUAUAGCCUCAACAUCCUUUGCAUUUUUGCUAUUUUUCUACUUUCAUUUUAAGCAUGUUAUAUGUUUGAGUACACACAUCUAGUUGUUAAUUUUUUUUCCUUACUAGACUCUACAAAUAUAUGUAAAACUAAUGCAAUUUUUUUUAUUAAAACUAUAAGCAGGAUAUAAUUCAAGUGUAUGAUCAUGUUUCACGUUGGCCUAGCAUUUCGUUUAGUGGAUAUGAAAUGUUUACCCCUAAAUAAAAUUCGUGUUUCAGCCCAUGCUUUUGGCAGAAGUAAUUCUGCAUUGUUUUUCAAAAUAAAAUUAAAAAGGUGUAAUAAAAAUGUUCAAACACUGAUUCUUUUUUU